CUUGCUUGCUUGCGUUUCUAGGAUACGGUUUCUGUCAGUAUAAGGCACCAGCGCACACAGGUGGGGGCUGCUUGCUGAACUCCCUGCGCGGAGUGACAGUAAGCAGUUGCCGGCGGCUAAAUAAAAGGCUCUUUAAAUUCUGUUUGGCUGUCUCGUACUUUAACUCGCGGGCACCGUAACAUUUGGAGGCCCCAGCGAGAUCUCCUUGGCAUUUGCUGAGGCUCAUCGGUCGAGACAAAGGUCUGACUACCAGCCCUCCGCCGGGGGGGCGCGCGCUGAGAGACGUUCCUCAGCCCCGGCGGAGAACCGAGUGGUCAAGCCUCGAAAUUCAAAAAUCCGCCUCUGGAGCCAUCUGGACAUGGGCCCACAACGCCUCUGACCUUGGAGGAUCCUUUUGUACUUUCGAGAAACGGCAGACCACUGUUGGGGAGUGUUGGCCAGAGCCCCACUGAACAGCGUAUUUGAGCAUCAGAACCAGCCAGGCCGGUCAGAGCAGCAUCCACAGCAGCUGGGGACCAGCAGGAUGCCCCAGGGGCGAGCGGCGCUGUGGGGUCCUCUCCUCUGCAGUUGGGAGAACGUCUCACUGCCCGUGAGGCCUGCGAGGAGCCCGUGUUGGCUGAGGGCGCGGCACAGCGUCCAGGGGACAGUGACCCUGCUGCCACGUCGGCCACGAGCUGGUCCGUCCACAGCCACAGACCCAGGCGGGUGGCCCCGCUCUGGGAGGACACGUCUGCAGGGUCCAUGGUCUCCGUCCACUUGUCUGAGGACCCAUGGACUCGUCCAGCCCCAGGGAGACCCCCAGGCCCCGGACAUGAUGGGGACAACCGGCCCUCCAGGGAUGCAGAGGGGCCUCUGCAGGGCCUGGGGGUGACAUGGGAGCAGGUUCACUCUGACCUGCAGAGACAGCUGCUCGCCUGUGGCCACCCCUCUGGGGUCUCACAACACUUGGGUGCCCGGAACCCUCCACUCCCGGAGGGGGCCCAGGGGGGUUUGUCCCGAGUAGGAAGCUGCCGGGGCCUCCCUCCCAGGCCCAGAAGCAGGGGCAGGAGCAGCACAGACCUCUGCCGCCAGUCGGGGCCUGGGGGGGCUUCUCCCCAGACCUGCGCUUUGCAGCCCGGCUGGUGGCGGGGCCAUCCGGAGGCGCUGACCGAGGUGCUGGUUUCUGCCCAGCAGGUGAGUCCCUGCCCGGGUGGCUCUCCCCUUUCGAGGACACUCCCAAGACUGGGGGAUUUGUGGGGUGCUGAGAACCUGCCCCUCCACCACCUCCCCGGGAGCUGCCUCUUGCCUGCUGCCCUGCAGGAGCCGGGGGGGAUCGGGGUCAUGGGUUUGGGGGAGAAAAAGGCGCCAAAGCCCCUGACAGCAUGGAGGGGAGGGGACCCUCCUGACUCCCACUGGGGAGGCAGCACCAGGCUGGGGUCAAGGCCACCAGGCAAGGAUGCCCCCUGCCCUCCCUGUCCCCUCUCACCCCACCGCAACCCACCGCCCCCUCCUCUCUCACCUGCUUCCCCCUCCGCUGUGUUCAAACCUGCCCAGGAAGGGCAGCCUCGUCCUGCGGAAUCACAGGCCAGCCCCACUGCCGUCUUCCCGGGCCCCUCACCUGGGGGUGGCCCCUGCUCCCAGCAGUGCCGGGGGCCUCAGUCCCACCCUGUCCCUGCUCUCGUCCCCUUUGCCGUGUCACCCCCGCCUCCUGCCCCAUCUGCUGCCCCCCCAGUGGCUACAUCCAUGUGGCCAGCGUGACCUUGGAAAGGACCCCAGCCUGGAGCCCCCUGCCCUGCAGCCAGUGAGUCCGGUGGAGUGGGAGUCACCACCGGGCCCUCGGCCACAGAGCAGAGACCCCUCACCCACCCCCCCUUGCCGUCAUACUGACCCUAACUGCAGCCCAGGGGUCCUCCCCGAGAUGCUCCCGGCCAGCCCCUGGCCCCACGGCAGCCUGCUCUCCUCAGGCCAGGAGCCCCGAGCUCCCCUGGAGAAGGGGCCACCCCAAGGGACCUCAGCUCCCACCCUGAGGCAGGGACCCCAAUGCCCACAGUGGGUGCCCCCGAGGCGCCACUUCUGCAGACGGAGGGCCUUGUGCCCUGCAGGAUCAGCCCCCUGGGACCUGCAGAGACCUGCUCCUUCACUGGCCAAGGGCGAGUUGGUGCCACACCAAAUCCCUCGGGCUGCACGUUGGCAAUUCCUGCAGCCAGUCAGGACGGCCCCGGGCAGCUGGGAGAAAUGGCACCGGAAUCUCCAGGCUGGAACCAGCCGGGCUUGAUGCCUGGAUCGGGGCCGGCUAACCCUGGCCCGAGGCUGCCCCCCGCCAGCUUCUGCAAAUAGAGGCUCACAGGCACGCACGCCCGGGGCUUCCCUGCUGCCCUGCGGAGCCACUGCUUGGAAAGAGACUUCGUGUCCUGGAAGGCAUCCAGUGAGGGCUUCAUGGGCUCGUCCUGCAGCCAAAGGAACCGCAGGAACUAACUCUGGUCUAACUGCUGACGACACUCUCAAGACAACCUGGAAAGCAGCACCUGCCGGUGGCUGGGAUGUGACAUCACAGAUACAGGUUCCAGUCCUGCUCCCCCGUCCUUCCCCUAAGGGGCUGCUGAGGAGGAAAAACCACCCCCACGGCCACCCCCAGGUCCCCAUCCCCUCUGCUGGUCUGUGUCCCUGCCCAGGACAAACAGGCUCGGGGGCAUCGGCGUCAGAGGCGGUUCUCAGUGUCUGUGAUGACACUGGCUAAGGGGUGCCCCCUGCACUUGCACCUGCCCAGGUGACCCCACGUGCCCGCUCCUGGCCAGCCUCAGCGCCCACUGCCCACUCUCGGGGGGCGGCUCCAGCCCCGUGUCCUUCCAGCCUGUCCUGGCUGCUUGGCUGGGUGCCCACUGCCUGGAAACCCCCAUCCAGAGUGAGUGCCCCUGCCCCAGAGCUGCCCCGGAUCCCCUGACACAAGCCCAAAUCCCACACUGAGCCCCCCACUUGCUCUUUGGAGGCCUCUGUCUGUCUGCCAUUUCCCCAAAGAGGGGCAAAGCUCCUGGCUGCUUCCACAAGAAGCUGGAUGGGUGGGGGCAGAGCUGCACCCCCAGGUCCUGGUGCCGGUGCCCGCAGCUCCACCUCGUGAGAAGCAUGCCAGGGGCCCGGGGUAUCGCUGCUCCUCCUGAUGGUGGUUUAGCCUCAGCCUGGAGCGAGUCCCCUGGGGAUGUGGGAGCAGGACAGAGCCACGGCACAGCCUCGUCAGGAAGAGCCCGGGCCCCUCAGCCCAAACCAGCCCAGGCCUUCUGGAGUCUCCUUGUGACUUGAAAGGUGAAAUCCCUGCAAGUGACCCAGAGGGCCUGUCCCGCCAGCCAGGCUCACCUGCCCAAAGCCCUGAGACCCAGACAAGCUGGUCCCAUCAGGAGGAGCCACAUGGAUCCCCAUGUCUAUAGGAGACCCCUGCCCACCCCAGAAGCUCGAAGCUACUUCCACUCUAGCUCCCCCGGCUGCAGUGAACUUGGGUACCCGAACAAAAUGCAGGCUGCAGACUCGACCCGGAUCUGUCCUUCAUGGGCCACAGACCCAGGCUGAGAGCACGGGGUCCCCGAGGGGAGACUGCGUGGGUGACCAUGUCACCCAUGGACCCAGGCUGAGUGUACUGGGUUGGGGGGGAUCCCCGAGUGGAGCCCGCUGGGGCAGCAGCACAAGGCCUCCUGCUCUCUCGUCCCCCCGCCCACCCUCCAGGCCCUGCCGGAAUCUGGGCCCCUGCUGGCCACUCUCCCUCCUGUGACGAGAGGCUGCCCGUGGUCCUGAGAAUGUCUCUGCCUGCGGCAGUUCCAGAAGCCCCCCAGACUGAUGCCCGAGAUGGCCUCAGGCCGGGGCCCCCUUCCCGCCUCCUGACCCUCCAGGUGCCGACGCCACCCACCGAGCCCGGGAGCGCGCUGUGCCCUCCGCCCCACCCCGCCCCAGGCUGGCCCCGACAGACGAGGCCGGAGUGCCAGCCCCCCAACCUGUGCCCUCUGCGGCUGCCAUGGUGGGGGCAGGACGGGGAGUGGGGAGCAGCCUGGCCUGGGCCGGACUCGCCCUCGGGGGUGGCCGGGGCCUCGGAGACUGGGGGUCCGCUCUGCUGCCGUAGCCGUGCCUGCCUGACACCCACGUGUCCUGGGACCCUGCACCUCCUUCCCGGCCACACGCACAGGCGUCUGCGCCGCCCUCAGUGCGCAGAGCCGGGUGCUGCCGGGUGACACCAGCAGCCCCCGGCGCCCGGGCCUCCACCUGGGGCUGUGGGCGGGAAGGGCGGCCAGCAGGCCCUCAGCUGCAGGGGGAAGGUGGGCGCAGGUGCACCCCCACUUGGACCAGCAGUGCCUCCCGCCCGAGCACAGCGGGGUCGGCCCAGGAUCGGGAGCCCCAGAGCCAUCAGGGCCGGCCCCACACAUGGGAGAACCACAGACUAUCGAGCAGCAGCUGUCUGCACCCCUACCCCAAAACCAGCACCUGCUCCAAUAAGCCAGGCCUGGCCCAGGCCAGGGGUCCAAGGAGAGGCUGGGGGGCUGGGGAUCGCCCUGGGAUGGCCUGAAAGAGCAGCUGUGGCCCUAGGAUCCAGGCACCCUGGGUAGGAGGACAGCCCCCAUCAGGUCCGAGCCUCCCACCCCCCACCCCACCCCUGCUCCCGGUGCUCCCAGCCCCUCUGGAGCUGCCUCCGCACGUGCCUGUGGCUUCCUGGGGGCGGUCUGCUCCACGGGGGUCGGGUGCAGGGGAAGUGGCCCCCAGCCUCACCAUCCCUCGGCCCCUCAGCUGCCCUGAGAGCCCCUGCCCCCACCUCCCUGUGAGAGCUGGCUCCUGGAGCCCACCCGAAUGCAGAGGGGCAGGCUUCUGCCGGGGCCUGUGGCCCAGGGCCAGGAAGGGGCUUAGGGUCCUGGGGGGGCCGUGGGCCCACCUGGGAGUCUGUUCCCUGGCGGGUGGCAGCAAUGGGCCAUGACCUUGAGAACUCGCAGCCGCCCUCCAGCAGAGAGGAGGUCAGGGAAGGUGCCUCUUCCCCUUCUCGGCAACCCGAGAAGAGCAAGGAGAGCCGGGAACUGGCACACGACGCCCUCCCACAGGACCCCCGGGGCGCAUGCCAUCAAGGUGCUGCGGGGUGGGCGGGCAGAGCGAGGGCACGGGCAGGCGCCUGGGGUCACCAACGAGGACCAGGGCCAUCAGUGCGCAGAACCCCGAGUGAGCUGGUCGCCUGAGGACCCAGCACGGAGGGUGGUGUAGGGGGGCUCUGAAGGCAGGGCAGUGGACCCCCCUUUAUCACAGGUGCCCGCCCCUGCCCUGCUGGAGACCGUCUCCCGGCGGCUGGCGGCCACUGCCACCCUCUUCUGCAUUCUCCCCGGGGCGCAGCUGAGAAGGCGUCCCCAGCGCCCUAAGAGAAGUUUCUUUUUCCUGCCCUGAGGCUUGAUCGGCCCCCCUCGCACCUGACACCUGCGGACGGAUUCCUGGCAGCUGCACCGAGAGCCUGGAGGCCCCCAGGAAGGGGCAGAGGGUCCCAGCUGAGCACAGGAGAUGAAGCAAAGUCUCCCUGCUAUGGCCUUGUUGCAGCCCCUUCUGCCCCGGACCACCGCAGCCCGGCCGCACCCCCGGAGGGGCAGGAAGAGCCUUCCUGGAGAAGCUGAGGAGCCCCGGAGCAGACUCAGCACACCGAGGUCCCGGCCAGCUGCCUUCUCACCACACGUGGACGCCACGGCGUCUGUCAGCCCCCGAAGACAGCCAAAGAUCACCAGUACUCGGGGGUCUUCAACAGGGAAGAAAGGACCAGAAAGAAGGAAAAGGACCCAGAUGACGAAGGGAGCCAGGGGGACUUGGAAAAAUAACUGCGUUAUCCUCGGAGAGAUCUGAGAGGACCCUGCACGGGCAGAGCAGAGGCAGGGGCUGUUUUUAAGAAGCAGUCACCGAACACCGAGAAAGAGCUCCUGCAUAAUCAUCAAAAUAAGGAAUCGAUAGAGAGUUUGAAAAUAAAGAUCAGGAGAUACCACCAGAAGGUAGAACAAGACUUCAAAGGGACGGACAGCAGGAAACAAAAAAAAAAAGAUCCGUCCAGGAGCCCCAGUCUCGGAUGAACUGGAGUCCCGGAAAGAACGAGAUCGAUGGGAGGGAGGUUAUCGCAGAAGGAAGACAAGCCCCUUUCCUAGAACUGGGGGACUGCGGUUCUCAGAUCGAAUAUUCCCAGCACAGCAACUGAGUAAAAACCCAAGCCGAGUACUUUGUUGUGCAUCGUUAUGUCCCAAGGAAAAAGAGAACAGAGUUAAGAAAAGAUCCAAACGACUCAGGCCUCCCAGCUUCGGUGGCAGGAGCCUGAGCUGGAACUAACACCUUCCAUCUCUGUGUGAAAAUCACAGACCAAACCCGACUCGGACAAGCAGGGGCAGCCGCAAGCCUGGGGGUCUGGGGUCUCCUGCAGGAGGAAGGCUCUUCCGCUUGGCCUGGCCCAGCCUGGAGCCCAGAUGGCGACACAGGGCACUCAGGGUGGGGGGUGGUGACCAGAGCUCAGAAGUCAGGUGUUGGGACGCUCGAUGAUGAUGAAGUCCUUUGUCCCGUUUCCUGCACCCGUCGCUCUUAGUGGGAGUCCAUUGCCUUCGCUGUGCC